AUGAAUCGGGGCACCAUGCCCCAGCCCGGAUCGUGGCCGGGCGCGAGCUGUGCUGAGGAGCCGGCGCGGGAGGCGGGGGCCGCGUCCCCGGGCCCCGCGAGAGCCGCGGCGCGGGAGGGCGGGAAGGCGGCGGCCGGCGGGCAGCCGCGGACCGCGGUGCGGUGCUCAGCCGAGCAUGAGGAGGACAUGUAUCGUGACGCGGAUGAAAUAGAAAAGGAGAAAGAAUUACUUAUACAUGAAAGAGGGUUAUCAGAAGUCAGAUUAAGUGUAGCUCCUGAAAUGGACAUCAUGGACUACUGCAAAAAAGAAUGGAGGGGAAAUACACAAAAAGCCACGUGUAUGAAAAAGGGCUACGAGGAGGUGUCGCAGAAGUUCACCUCUAUACGGCGAGUCCGUGGAGACAAUUACUGUGCGCUGAGGGCCACGCUGUUCCAGGCGAUGAGCCAGCCGGCAGCGCUGCCGUCCUGGCUGCAGGACCCGGAGCUCACGCUGUUACCAGAAAAACUCAUAAGCAAAUACAAUUGGAUCAAGCAGUGGAAACUUGGACUGAAAUUUGAGGGGAAGAGCGAGGACCUGGUUGAUAAAAUUAAGGAGUCCCUCACACUGCUAAGGAAGAAGUGGGCAGGCUUGGCAGAACUGAGAACUGCUGAAGCGAGGCAGAUAGCUUGCGAUGAACUGUUCACAAAUGAGGAAGAGGAAUAUAGCCUCUAUGAAGCUGUAAAAUUUCUAAUGCUAAACAGAGCCAUUGAACUAUACGAUGACAAAGAGAAGGGAAAGGAAGUACCAUUUUUCUCUGUGCUUCUGUUUGCUCGGGACACAUCGAAUGACCCUGGACAGCUGCUAAGGAACCACCUAAACCAGGUGGGACACACUGGUGGCCUUGAACAGGUGGAAAUGUUCCUUCUUGCCUAUGCCGUGCGCCACACCAUCCGGGUGUACCGGCUCUCCAAGUACAGCACCGAAGAAUUCAUCACGGUCUACCCCACCGACCCACCCACGGACUGGCCGGUGGUGACCCUGAUCGCCGAGGACGACCGGCACUACAACAUCCCCGUCAGAGUGUGCGAGGAGACGAGUCUGUGA